AGCUACAGGCAGGAUUGAAACACACCUUAGUUAAAAGUGAAACAGCAACAUUUUUCUCCUCCCCUCACGUCACUCAAAUGUGACAAACCAGGAAACAGGAAGUUCUUCGUCCUCAGUAAAGAGAGACGCACAGACGAUCAGACUGAGUUCAGACCAAACUAGCAGCUUCCUCUGAGUGAGUCCAGCUACAGGAGAGAAAAGUGGAAAACUCCAACACUGCUGCUUCAAGCUGCUGACGCUCCACACACUAAAUCUUCACUCACAGACUCAAUGGCUUCCAGAUCAGAGGAGGAUCUCUGCUGUCCGGUCUGUAAGGAGGUCUUCAGAGAUCCUGUUAUUCUGUCAUGUAGCCACAGCUUCUGUAAAGACUGUCUGAAGACAUGGUGGAGAGAGAGACCAACGCACGAGUGUCCAGUUUGUAACAGAAGAUCUUCAAAGGAGAAUCCAACUGUGAACCUGGCAUUAAAGAACCUGUGUGAGUCAUUCUUACAAGAGAGAUAUCAGAGAGUUUCAGAGGCUCUCUGCAGUCUGCAAUAUGAGAAACUCAAACUCUUCUGUCUGGACCAUCAGCAGCCAGUGUGUGUCGUCUGCUGCGCCUCAGAAAAACACACCAAUCACAGAUUCAGACCCAUCGAUGAAGCUGCACAACAACACAAGGAGGUACUUCAGGAAACUCUGGAGCCCUUAAAGAAGAAGUUAAAGGUUUGUGAAGAAGUUCAAGUGAAGUUUGAUCAAACAGCAGAACACAUUAAGGUCCAGGCCCGACACACAGAGAGGCAGAUUAAGGAGCAGUUUAAGAAGCUUCACCAGUUUCUAGCAGAGGAAGAGGAGGCCAGGCUGGCUGCACUGAGGGAGGAAGAGGAGCAGAAGAGUGGGAUGAUGAAGGAGAAGAUGGAGGCUCUGAGCAGAGAGAUAGCAGCUCUUUCAGAGACAGUCAGAGCCACAGAGGAGGAGCUGAGAGCUGAAGACGUCUCAUUCCUGCACAACUACAAGGCUGCAGUGGAAAGAGUCCAGCGCUGCCCCCUGCUGGAUGAUCCACAGCUGCCCUCAGGAGCUCUGAUAGACCAGGCCAAACACCUGGGCAACCUGACCUUCAACAUCUGGAACAACAUGAAGGACAUGGUCUCCUACACUCCUCUCAUUCUGGACCCAAACACUGCAAACCCAGACCUCAUCCUGUCUGAAGAUCUGACCAGUGUGAGAUAUGGAGGAGAGAGGCAGCAGCUUCCUGAUAAUCCAGAGAGGAUUGAUUUUUACACAGCUGUCCUGGGCUCUGAGGGCUUUAACUCAGGGACUCAUAGCUGGGAUGUUGAUGUUGGAAACAGUACAUUGUGGGUACUGGGUGUGUUAGCAGAGUCUGGGCAGAGGAAGGGAAACAUACUGUCUGAAAUAUGGAGAAUAGGGUUGUUUGAUAAUAAAUACUACAAACUCACACAAUCACCUCCUCACACUGAUCUCUCAGUAGAGAAGAAGCUCCAGAGGAUCAGAGUGAAUCUGGACUGGAACAGAGGAAAGCUGUCGUUCUCUGAUCCUGAUACUAACACACACAUACACACCUUCACACACACUUUCACUCACAGGAUGUUUCCAUACAUUCGCACUAAUGAUAAAGUGAAGGUGUUGCCGUUGAAGGUGUCAGUGUCAGUGGAGCAGAUGAGUUGAGGAUGAUGAUAUUUCUAAUGUUGUUUCCUGUCAGUGAAUUGAAGCUGUUAAACUGCAGCUGUCCUCCUGCUGCCUCGUUGUUCCAAAGCUCUUUGUUUCUCUUUUAGUUCUCACUGUUUCUUUCUGUUUCUGCUGUCCACCUUUUCACAUGGAAAAUCAUUUCACUGUUUCUCACUGAAUGACUCCCCAAACUAGAUUUGAAAUUCUAUCAAGUUUCUAAUCAUUACAAGUGAUUCAUGUUUCUAUUUGAUGUGUGUAAAUGGAGAUGAUUUAGUUUGCUGGGAUAUGGACUGACAUGUGUUGAAUGGGAGGAGCAGUUUGUUGUUGUCUUCUUGUCUGUUUAUGACAACGAUAAAUAUAUUGUUGAAACAAUGAUUCAUGUUUAACUCCAUAUGUUGGAGCUAUUUGUUCUUAUUUUUUAUAAUUUUUGAAAUUAGUUAAAAUUUGUUGUUAGUUUACUAAUAUUUUGGGGUUUAUUUAGAAGUUUAUUUGUCGGUUAAUAUUUUUGUUUCAAUGUUUUGUUUGUUUGAUAUUACUUUGUUAAAUUAGUCAGUAAGAGCUGUAGGGCCAUUUUGUUUCUAUAAAUAAAGAGACUGGUAUAGGACCAGCAUGCAUUGGGGUGGGCCUAUGGUUUUUUACCAGAGCAGGAGAAUCAGCAGGAAGGAUCUUGUUAUUGCUUGCCAAACUGGAUAAAUAAACCAUAAAAACUCAA